AUGCUGCAUUAUAUUUUAGUUACGUAACUAUUACUGAACCGGCUGUUAUUUUCGUGUGGUGUUUCACACAUUUACAAUAUUUUCUGUCAAUUAAAAGACGUUUACUCAGAACCAACAUGGCAACCGACCUAUUUUUUUGGUCAUAUGAUAUGUCCGGAAAUAUUUAUACAAGCAGAGAAUAUGUCCAUCGCAGCAAACAAGUUAAUAAUAAUCUUACAUCAUAGCGCGAACUUUCUGCGCAUGCUUGUGUUAUUAUCGAGGAGAUUAUAAACAUGGAUUAGUCUAUGACAGUAUUAUUAUAGUUAUACUUAGUGCUAGAAGAGUGUUAAAACUAUCUAGUACAUUGAGUUGUGAGCCCAAAUCGGUUUUGAUUUUUCUUAUAUAUUUGUAGACUAUUUGUUAUUUCUGAUAAACACUGAGCUCUGCAGAAGUUGACUUGCACGAGUCCUUGAAGUGAUGACUGACAGAUGACCUGAUAGCACUUGCACUUCAACUGAGGAGAUGGUGAAUAGAAGGCGGGAGUUAGUUUAAGGUGUUUUUGUGUCUCUACUGCUUGACUAAAACACAGCAACAUUGACUACGAAUGAAUGAAAUGUGAAUAACAGGAAAUUACUAUGUUCUAUCAACGAAAGUGUGUUUCGAUAUCUUGUUUUUGCCUUGCUUUUUCUGUUCUGUUAACAGGAGUGUUGUGCCUAGGCCUACGCACGUGUCCAGCUCGCGUGACAACAGCUACAUUGGCCGCUGGAGGAGGUAUCCUAAUAACUGGAGCUUUGAUAACUGCAUCUAUCUGUUGUACUAGAUUGAAAAAAAAUAAAGAUAUUCAAGGUACGAUGGGGGAUGAAAUAGAAGUGGUCCCAGUCAACCGAACUGAAGAGAUCUGAGCCCCACUGUAUUUCUGGUGCAUGAAUCCAUUAGCAACUCAGUUUUUAUCCAGGAGGCCACAAACGAAUUUGGACUGGAUUAAUUCAAAACUGGCUUUUCAUAAAGCACGAAUGACUUGGUCGAAUGAAGAGAAUAUCUUAGAUUUCGGUUGUGGUCCAGGAAAUAUAACUCGAGAUAUAUUGUUACCACAUUGUAUCAAUUUGAAGAAACUUAUUGGGGUUGAUAUCCAGCCAGCUUUUGUGGAAUACGCCAACAAGGCAUUCAAUCACGAAAAUAUUGAAUACCGAGAGAUAAAUUUAAUGGAGAGGAUUCCAACAGAAUGGGAGGGAACAUUUCACAAGAUUUUCUCGAUCUUUGCACUUCACUGUAUCAGAGAUACCUCACAACUUUUAAAGGUCUUUCACCGUUUAUUGAAACCAGGUGGUUAUUUUCUUGCUCUGGGUGUAUGCACUGAAGAAGUAUUAAGCAGUUUUAAAGAGAUAUCAAAACUACCACAGUGGAUGGAAUAUAUACAGAAUGUAGAAGACUUCUUUUGGGUGGUUUAUGACUGCAAAAAUCCUUGUAGUACAUCUAAGAAGCUAGCAGAUGCAAGUGGGUUUGAUACUGAUUUCUUUGCACUAACACCCUCAACUCAAGUAUUCAGUUCGAAAAGCCAUUACAUACAAUUUUGUGAAUCAAUUAUGCCUGAAGCCAUCAUAAAAAGAAUACCCUCGGAAAAGUUAGAGCAUUUCUGGGAAGACUGGUGUGAAAUAGUUCAGAAGCACAGAGUGACCUUUCGACCUGAUGGGACGAUUUCAAGAGAAAUCAUAAUGUUGGAAAUGUGCCUAAAGUCUAAAAAUUAAAAAGCUGAUAGAAAAUGUCUUUCCUGAUUUCAUAAUUAAAGAAUUAUAUAUAUAUAUAUUACGUAAAAAUGCUAAAAAAAUUAUCCUCAAACUCAAACAUUUAUUGAAAAUAACUUCACGUACCCAAAAAUCUAAGUACCAAGAAGACAAAAGAAGCUGCCAUAGUAUUUUCUAAAUAUUUCACAUUUUCGUUAUAACCUACAUAACUACCGCCUUUAUUAAGACAGUUGUGUUUUAUUGGUUGUUUGUUAUUAAUUUAUAAUAAUGUUUUUAUGUAAGCUGAAUUUUUUUUCAUGGUAAGAGUACCAAGAUUUGACAUAGUUAUUGAUAUAUAAAUUGGUAGUGAUUUAGGGUUAUCAAAAUCGGGUGAAACACAGUAUCUUGUUAAACCAAAUUGUUAAUUUAGUAAGCGGAAAACAAUAAUAAGAAAAAAUUACAAACGUUUACUUUUAACUUCCCAGCUGUCAAUUCUUGACACAUCGCUUUGAGAGGAAAGUAUAUGGCUUGAAAGAAGCAUAUUUUUAUAUCAACUAUUUGAUGAAAAUGUUUCCUAUACUUCAAACUGAAAAAAAAA